UGUAAAACAACAUUCAGCUCGGUUUCUUCUGAUCAACAAAUCAUCCAGAUCGACACGGAGUCUCAGUGUACACACAGUCUGCCAUGGACCAGGAGUAUGAGCGGCGGCUGUUACGGCAAAUCAACAUUCAGAACGCCAUUGCCAGUCCCAUUAAGGUCACAGAUGUCAUGCGUGCACUGACGCCUACAAACUCACCUCUGUCCUCACCAAGUAAACACGGAGAUCGCUUCAUUCCGUCACGCGCUGGAGCCAACUGGAGCGUCAACUUCCACCGCAUAAACGAAAACGAGAAGUCACAAAAUCAAAACAGGAAGACCAAAGAUGGCACGUCAGACAACAGCAAAGCAGAUGGCCUGGCGUACAGCGCCCUGCUGAAGAACGAGCUGCUGGGCGCGUGCAUCGAGAAGGUGCAGGACCCUCAGACAGAGGACAGGAGGCUGCAGCCCUCGACGCUGGAGAAAACGAGUCUGUUCAGCUAUUCUCUUAGUGCCAAGCGAUCGCUCCCAGAUGAUGGCAACAGUGUUUCUCCUUAUUCCCUCUCACCCGUCAGCAGUAACAGUCAAAAACUGCUACGUUCUCCGCGGAAGCCCAUGCGCAAGAUCUCCAAAAUUCCAUUUAAGGUGCUUGAUGCCCCAGAGCUACAGGACGACUUUUACCUCAACCUGGUGGACUGGUCCUCCUUGAACGUGCUCAGUGUCGGCCUGGGAACCUGCGUCUACCUGUGGAGCGCCUGCACCAGCCAGGUGACGAGGUUGUGUGACCUGUCGGUGGAGGGCGACUCUGUGACGUCCGUGGGGUGGUCAGAGAGAGGGAACUUGGUAGCAGUGGGCACUCACAAGGGCUUUGUUCAGAUUUGGGAUGCAUCCGCAGGAAAGAAACUCUCUGUACUAGAGGGUCACACUGCCAGAGUGGGCGCAUUAGCGUGGAAUGUGGAUCAGCUGUCUUCAGGCAGCAGGGACCGUCUGAUUCUGCAGCGGGACAUCCGCGCCCCUUCGCAGCAGUCCGAGCGCAGGCUUCAGGGUCAUCGGCAGGAAGUGUGCGGCCUCAAGUGGAGCACGGAUCACCAGCUCCUCGCCUCUGGCGGCAACGACAACAAGCUGCUGGUGUGGAAUCACUCCAGCGUCUUACCCAUUCAGCAGUACACAGAGCACUUAGCAGCUGUGAAGGCCAUCGCCUGGUCUCCUCAUCAACAUGGCUUGCUGGCAUCUGGAGGCGGCACCGCCGAUCGCUGCAUCCGUUUCUGGAACACGCUGACCGGCCAGCCGCUGCAGUGCACGGACACGGGAUCGCAGGUCUGCAACCUGGCCUGGUCCAAGCACACCAAUGAACUGGUCAGCACACACGGUUACUCUCAGAAUCAGAUCCUGGUGUGGAAAUACCCCUCGCUCACACAAGUAGCCAAGCUCACGGGUCACUCCUACAGAGUACUCUACCUGGCUAUGUCUCCAGAUGGAGAAGCCAUAGUUACAGGAGCAGGAGAUGAGACGCUGCGCUUUUGGAACGUCUUCAGCAAAACCCGAUCUACAAAGGAAUCCGUGUCCGUCUUGAAUCUGUUUACGAGGAUCCGAUAAUACUUGGCCGCCUUUGGAAGCGCAACGUUCUGGACUUGUAUGGGAAGCUGAAAGCCUGUGGGACUGAAGGACACUUUGAGAAUGGGCGUGUCCUCCUGGAUUUUACUGUGGAGACGAAUGACUGCCAAAUAACCAACGCUGUAUUUGUGAAUGUUCGUUUGUUGGUUGAAUCUGGGUGUGAAUGUGAGUUUGGUUAUGUGGUUAUGAGCCUUGCUCCUGUGAGCCUUAACUGCAGUGUUUUAUGUAUAUAUAUACACUGA